GCGCCGACAAAAGACGAACGCUAUUCGUAACGUUCGCGAACCAUCGCAGCGACUGUCAUAACCGUUCUCUCGGCCGAUAAGCUUUUUUUCGAACUGGAAACCAUGGCCGGCUACUUAAGGGUGCCCCGCUGUUUCCAGGCGCGUCUCUGUUACGGCGAGGAGACGUCAAAAUUCGACCUGUACUCUAACAAGAAGAAAAUCAUGCGACACUACGGGAUCAUCCCCCUGCUGGUGAUAAAGGCCUGCGUGGUUGCCGCCAUACCCCUGAUGAUACUGCACAGGUUGUUCGUCACCACCAUCGACGUCAAGCUGUCCGACUACCACCGCUACGAGAUCCCGUCCAUCCCCCGAUUCUUCGACCUGCGGAACCCCCGGAGCCUGAAGCUGAGAACGGUGCAGGAGGUGAAACCGGCCAUUCACCUGGACAAUCGAUACAGAUUAAUGAGGCACGAGCAGAUGCUGAACGAUGAGGGCUGCAAAACCGAUAACAUCGGCGAGGACGAGACUGCUCCUCCGACCAAUAUGAAGGAAGCCAUCGAGAAACUUCAGAGGGAAGGACGUGGGAGUGCGAUUCCUAAGCUGUACCUCUAAUUUUCCUGCCCUGUUCGACCAAGUGUCCAGAUACUCGGAAAUUAUUCCGAGAUUACUCCCGAGUUCAUUCGAAUUAUUUAAUCACUCCGAAUUAUUCUGAAUUAUUUUGA